AUGAGUAAGGAAGAUUUAGCUGUUUACGUUUCGAAUUUAAGCUAUACUUUCCCUGAAAGUGAAGUUCCUAGUCUGGUAGAUAUCAAUCUUGAAGUGCCUUGGAACACAAGAACUUUAGUAGUGGGUUGUAACGGUGCCGGUAAGUCUACGUUGUUGAGACUACUAAGUGGGAAACAUUUAUGUAGAAAUGGUGAACUUUUAGUAAAUGGUUUAGAUCCUUUUGCUCCCAUAUCGUUAACCAAAAAGCGUCAAGAAGACGUAGACGUUCAAACAACUACAUAUUUAGGCACUGAAUGGUGUCAUAUGACUAUCAUAAAUAGGGAUAUUGGUGUUACUGAACUGUUAAAUAGUAUCGGUAUGAAGGUUUAUCAAGAAAGAUGUGAUACCUUGGUUGAUAUUUUAGAUAUCGAUUUGAAUUGGCGAAUGCAUAGGCUAAGUGAUGGCCAAAAAAGAAGAGUCCAAUUGGCAAUGGGUCUGUUAAAACCAUGGAGAAUCUUACUUUUGGAUGAAGUCACUGUCGAUCUUGAUGUCAUUUGUCGCAGUAGACUACUAAAUUUUUUAAAAUUUGAAACUGAAUCUCGUAAAUGUAGUGUUAUAUAUGCGACACAUAUUUUUGAUGGUUUGGCUAACUGGCCAAACCGUAUAUUGCAUAUGGAUUAUGGUAAGAUAGUUUCAGAUGUAGAUUAUAAGAAAGAUAUCAAAUUUACAGAAAAUAUAGGAGACAUGGAAAAUGGUAAAGUGAUCAAAGAUGAAAAUAAUAAGAUCAUUAUCAGUAAAGUCAACAGUUUACAUCCACUUGCCCUUCAUUGGUUGAACAAUGACCUUGGAUUGCCCGAAUUAUGA